AUGGAUCAACGAACGGCGAAGAACAUCAUGACGCCUAUUGAUAACGUAUAUAUGCUGCCUCAUAAUGCUCUUUUGGACUUUGAGACCACAAAUGAAAUAAUUGCGCAUGGAUAUACUAGAAUUCCUAUUUACAAGGAGGAUAGGAGACGCAUUACUUCAGUAUUAAAUGUCAAGGAUCUUGCUUUCGUUGAUCCCAAGGACAAAAUCCCUGUCUCGACCAUUUGCAAUUUUUACAAUCGUCCAUUUAUUUAUGUGACGCCAAAUACCACAUUAAGAGCUCUAUUCGAGAAGUUCCGUAAGGAGUCUACACACUUAGCCGUCAUUUUUGAUGAAAGCAAAAGAGACCAAGAAGCGGAACUUGAUUAUCGAACGGCAAUCGGUUUGGUAACAAUGGAAGAUGUGAUUGAAGAGAUCCUACAGGAAGAAAUUUUCGACGAAACUGACAUAAUAAAUGAUAAUGUGCCACGAAAAAAGCGCAGUCUUCGGUUUCACAAUACAGAUCUCUGGCCAUUUUUCAAUUAUCAAACCGAUAGUAAGAUAUCACCACAACUGAAGAUUGCUGCCCUGCGCUAUUUGGUUGCAAAUACUACCUACUUCGCACCUAACUUCGUCCACACUACCAUUCUUCAAGGUUUCUUGAACUCCUCCUUCGCCGUACAGCAUGAUUACAAUCAUAUCAUGCCGGAGAGCAACACCCUCUACCAAUCGCGAGUGCCAAAUUCUGUUGUCAGUUUUAUUCUUCAAGGUACGCUGCAAGUUAGCGUCCAUAACGAUCGACUUCAGUUUGAAGGUGGAGCCUUCAUGAUGUUUGGCGAUGAUAUUUUUGCAAACGUCAACGACCAAUUCCCCCAGUUCCCUGCGGAGUGGGACUUGGAGAAAUUGCUCCAAGAGCUGGGAGAAAAGAUCUCAUUCGAGCCAGAUUACACUGUCAAAAUGACCACUGAUGUGCGAUGUCUAGAAUGCACGGCUGAAGCAUACUUUGUACUACGCUACCUAACACAAGAACUGAGCAAAUGCCACGUAACAAAUCAGAACCAAGAACAAAUUGUGGAACUAUUCCAGCGAUUCUGGAAUGUUAGAAAACAAAAAGGACUGAAGCUGACCUGCGACAGAUCGGGAGUGCGAAUCUUGGAGCCUUCGCAGGUACUUGAUGAGCUAAGGGACAUUCAAGGACAGGGAUCCACACCCACCACGGGAAUAACAGAAUCAGUCGUGGGGAACGCAUUAAGAGAGCAGCGACCUAUCGAUGACACCAGAGGUCAACACAGCAACGGAAAUCGUAGUGAAAAUACCACCACUGAAGGGGGCAGUGACCAGAAAGAGUACCAACAACGGCGUCGGAGUAGCACACAGAGGGUCAUACAUUUCAGGAUGAAUGGCCCAGGAAAUAAGAGAAGCCAGUGA